AUGCUGGGUGCUCCGACCGCGAUUGCCCUCAGCCGCGAAGCUGUCGCGCUCACGCUUGCGUGCCGGCCGGCUGAUGCUCGCGCUGCGGCCGCCUCGGUUGCUUCGUGCAUCGCACGGGGCGACGGUGGCAUUGAGGGCCGCCACGCCAUCGAUGUGGCGUUCAAUCUGGCGCUGGCCGGUGCGGCCGACUCACCAGCGCUGGAUAUGCUCGCCGCGACCGCCGAGGCUGAGCUUCGCGAGCUCCGAUGGCGGCGGCGCGGCUGGUCCAAGCCACGGUCGGCGUACACUCUGGUGCAGCUCGCCGAGAAGGCGGCGGCAGCUGGCCUCGCGGCGCCGCUCGGGCUGUUUGACAUCAUCGGCGAGAUGCUGAGCGAGUGCGGUGAGUAUUCCGAACUGGCUACGGACCUCCAGGCCGGCCGCUUUGGCCUCUCGUCGCCGCGGGCGGCGGCCUGGCUCUACCGCACCGCUCGAAAGCAGCCCAAGUGGUCCAUGGGCGACGCCAGAGCUGCCGCGCAGCCUGCGGCGCCAUGCGCGAGGCUGCCGCGGGGGGGCUCGCCUCUCGUGCUCGACCUGGGGUGUGGCUUUGGUGUCGGGGUGCUCACCGCUGCCGCAGCGAGCAGGCGCGACGGCGACGGCACUGCGUUCGUCGGCUGCGACCUCAGCCCGCUUGGCGUGGCUUUCGCGCCCGCGGCCGACUCGCGCAGCAGCGGCAAUUCGCAGCUGCCGGAGGGCCUCGAGAGCGACGGGUUCCUCGGGCAGCCUCGACUGUUGCGCGCGGCGGCGAAGGCUUCGCCGCCAUGCGCACACCGCGAGCCGCCCCUCGCACCGGCGAUCGCGCCGGGCGGGACGCUGCUGCUCUCGUCCAACGCGGAAGACGUCGCGGUUCGCAUGUCGCAGGCUGCGCUCGCCGCGGGGUUCGGGUUGCGGCCGGCCGCCGCCUCUUCGCCUCACCACUCCGCGAGUCGCGACGCUCUCCUCUCGCGCCGCUCGCGCCGCUGGAGAGAGGCGGGAGGCCAGCGGGCCGUCGGGGGCGCGUGGCGGAUCGGCGCGAGUGGGUGGGAGCGCGGCGCGGGGGGAAGGUGGGGCGGUGCCGCGCGGGCAGUGGAGCGGCCAGCUUGGUCCGAGACCGAGCUGGCGCACGCCGUGGACCGGGCAGCGCUUCACAGGAUGCUGCUUGUGAAGCCAGACGACGCCAUGGCGCCCAUGGCCAUGCCAGACGCAGUCGGUUAACUAACCCAGCAAGGACCCCGUGUUGUUGCGGAAGUCACCACUAACCGCCUGUUUUUCAA